UUACAAAAGCUAAAUAAAGAAUUAUUAACAAAACAAAAAAAACUAGAAAAAAUUGAAGAUUUUCAAAUUUCAAACUUACAAAAUGAAAUUACAUUAAAAACUGAA